AUGAAACAAGGGAAUUUCUUAAGAAAGGCACUCCAGCAAGCUGAUGGACCGAGCAUGGGACUCUGGCAGAUGGUGCCUGGCGCCAAUGUGUCUCGUGCCCUCGCCCGCGUGCCAGGCGUCGACUGGGUGGUGAUCGAUUGCGAGCACGGUAAUGUCGAUGGUGAGUUCCGGUCCAUGUCUAACAACUACUCGCCGAAAACUGAAAAUGUGGAAUUAGACAGCGCUAUGCAUGACGCAGUCCCUGCUGUUGCUGCAGCUGGUGCGUCUCCUAUAGUAAGAAUUCCCGGUAUGGAGUCAUGGAUGAUCAAGAGAGCUUUAGACUCGGGCGCGCAUGGAAUCCUCGUACCUUUGCUUCGCACCGCGCAGGAAGCCAGAGAAAUCGUCAAAGCGGCCAAGUUUCCUCCACAAGGCACGCGUGGAUUUGGCUCUCCUUACGCGAUGGAGCGCUUCAGCCCCAUGCCGACGAUGACGGAGUAUCUCCAGCAGGCAAAUAGCAGUCUUCUUACUAUAGUCCAGAUCGAAACCCAAGAGGCCCUCGAUAACUUGGAGGAAAUCGCAGGUGUCGAUGGCGUCGAUGUCCUAUUCGUGGGACCAUUCGACUUAGGCAAUAACAUCGGUCAUCCUAUCAUCCAAGGCGUCGUCAAACCAGAGUUGAGAGAAGCGGUUGGGCGUGUGCUCGAGGUUAGCCACAAGUUCGGCAAGAAAUGUGGAAUCUACAGUACAUCUGGCAAACAAGCGAGGCAAUAUGCAGAGGCUGGGUUCGACAUGAUCCAUGUGGCAACUGACUUUACAUCAUUGCAGUUUAUCAUGACGCAGGAGGUGAAUAUUGCUAGAGGAAUAGAGGGGAACAUGGCAUCACAACAAGAACAUUGCCAGAACCACUCACAGCUCACCCCGACCUACAACUAUGGCCCUGGAGACUGGAGGUCUCUCCAACUUGGCGCUGAAACGGAACUUGCUCAAGACGGUGAAAUGCACUGGUAUGGAGGAUCCCAGCUGCCCGUUCAGACGCAUGAGAAUCUCUCGGACGACUUACUGCCUGUUCUGGAUGGCGACUCCGGAUUUUGUUUCCAUCAGACACCGUUGGUAGAACCCACCUUGUACUGCCUUGACCUGCCUACCGACAGUGAGGUGGAUGACAUGUGUACUUCGAAUCUAGGGUCAUUAAGUCAUCAAGAGAUGCAAAAUCGUACCGAUGUCUUUGCUUCUCACUGUCUGCAACAGACCUUGAGUACCUCCUGGCUGGACGAUCAGGAACUCUGCCCGACGGAUACAUCAACAAAUCUACCCGCCAAUCCCAUUCCCAUCAACAUAAACUCGACUCUCCCACGCCGACGAAGCCGCUACGAGCUCCGUAACACACAGAACUGUGGACGAGGCAUUCAACUUCCUGUAUAUGAUGCGAACGAGCAAAUCUCCGACCCUCUGCAGAGAUGGAGAAACAGUCCUCCUGGAACCGAAUCCGCAUCCUGGUCAGCCAUUUAUGACGCGCUGCAAGAAAACCCAUUGAGUCAUAGCAUGCAGGCUCCUCUCACCAGAGUACCAUCAUCGAGUCCAAGCGUAUCCAGUUGGCAAAGCCAGUCUUCAGGCUCGAUCGUUUCUUCUUCGCAGUCAUCUCGAUCGUUCCAAAAUCGAAACCGGAGACGCAUAGCAAAGAGGAGGAACGACGUCGCUGGUGCUAAUAAGAAGCCCCGGAUCUUCCAUUGCACGUUUUGUUGCGAUUCCUUUGCUAAGAAGCAUGACUGGACAAGGCAUGAGAAGACGCUGCAUCUUGACUGCGAUCAGUGGAUCUGUGCACCGUUUGGUGGUGCAGUGGUAUCGUCCGCGACUGGGAGGAGUACAUGCGCAUACUGCAACAUUCUUGACCCUACAGAGCAUCACCUCAACUCUCAUAACCACAGCGCAUGCCACAAUGGCCAGCAGCCUCACAUUUUCAGGCGCAAGGAUAAUCUGAUUCAGCACCUCCGUGGAUUCCACCAACUAGAGACGCUCCCUAUCCUGGACGACUGGAGAACACCACCACCUCCGAUUUCCUCCCGCUGCGGAUUCUGCGAUCUACGUUUAAACUCGUGGCAGGAUCGCGCGGACCACCUCGCACAGCACUUUCGUCAGGGCAAAACAAUGGCUGAAUGGAAGGGUGAUCACAACUUUGAGCCUUGGAUCGCAGCGCAGGUCCGGAAUGCCCUUCCGCCAUACCUACUUGCCAACGAGGCCAUGACCAUGGUUCCGUUCUCCGCCACGGAUCCAACGGUGCCGGAUCAUCUCGCACAGAUAGAGGAGAGAAAUGGCAAGCUUGUUCCGGAUCUGGAACGGGAGCAGGUCGAUCCUGGGUUUGAGUUGACACCUGACUCGUAUACCAAGUUUCUGGCGUGGCAUUUGGGCCGUUUCGCUCAGCGGUCAUUUGCGAGUGGUGUCGUUCCGACUGAUGAGAUGUUUCAGGGCGAGGCGAGAAGGCUGGUGUACGGGAGUGAUGAUAAUUGGGAGCAGACUAUAGCUGAUAACGAGCAGUGGAUCGCCACUUUUCGAAGACAGCAUUUAUCCAAGGAGUAG